AUGAUGGUUGCAAGCUGCUCGCACUGCUUUCUCAGCAUCGCGUGCCUUUUCUUCUUCCAUGGCGCGCAAGGGACACCACUUCAGUGGGAGCAUGUCGAUCCCGUAGGGAGGAGCCCUACAACUCGCUACAGCCAUGCAACCGUGAGCUUCCGAAACCUCCAAGGAACCAUCAUCAUCUAUGGCGGGGCCACUGGUAGCAGCAGCACUGGUGUGACUGUGAUGGAUGAUGUGUGGAUGUACGACUCGUCCUCCAAGUCUUGGGAUGAGAUCACCUUCGUUCCCAACCUCAAGUUCACUUCCAUGGACUGCAAGACAAGUACCCUCAACACGCGCAUGCCAGGGUCUCGAGCGGGCCAUCGCAUGGUGGUCACCCAGUCCUUGGCGCUCAUGUGUGGAGGAUACUCUGCUAUGAUUUCUUCCGUGGCCUCCUUUGCAGGAGGAAGCCUGCUCGAUUGCUGGUGGCUGGCUAUCAAGCCUGUGCCAAGUUGGACCCCCCUCCUAACCACUCCUGCGGGGCCAAAGCACAGGUGGGGGCACAGCAUGGUGUAUGACGUGGAGACAGGAGUGAUUGCGAUCUUUGGGGGGAUGAUCAUCGAAACGAAGAGCAUCAGCAAGGAUUGCUGGUACAUAGUGACCAGCACCGACUCGAUCUCCACAUCCACGAGGUACGAGUGGAAGUCGUGCAACCCUGCUACAGGCUCUGUAUCACCGCUCCCCCGGUACGGCCAUGGGUCAGUGCUCUACUGGAGCACACAGACGUUGUACAUACAUGGAGGCUACGCCUUCGAUGGGAGAGGGACAAGCGCUCAGAAUGACUUGUGGGCCCUCCAGGACUUCACCAACACCACGACCAGCUCAUGGAAGAAGGUCGCGCCCAUUACAGACACCCCGACUGUCAGAGCAUUUCAUGCAAUGUGGCUGGUUGGAUACAAGGUCUACAUCCAUGGUGGUCAAGGACCAGGGGGAGCGGGAUCCUCGUCGGCCUUAUCAGAUACCUGGGCGUAUGACAUUCUGACUUACUCAUGGACACAAUACAGUGCUUCUGAUGCUGCUCCUGUAGCUUCACACAUGUCCGUCGCUGCUGUUUCCGACACUCUAGCGUUGGCGUUCGGAGGUAUCGACUCGGAUGGGAGUGCUUCAGGUUACCUGGGAGCCUUCAAACCGCAGUCUGGAUGGAGCAAAGCGCUUGCUUCAGGAAAUCAUCCGCAAGCGAGGAGCGGUCACUCGGCAGUAUACGACAACGCCGCAUAUCAGAUGGUCAUUUCAUUCGGCAUCGGGGUCGGACCGACGCUACUGGGGGACUUGUGGGCGUUUGAUCUGGAUCAGUUCAGCUGGACGUGCUUGCAAGGGAGCCAGCCGGGAUGCAAAGCCCCGGCGAGCAUCGGAGGGCCGGGAGUUCGAGCGCAUGCAGCGUCAGUGCGGGUGGGAAUGCAGGCGUAUUACUUCGGAGGGGUCAGAGGAACCGCUCAGGCCUGCCCAGACCUUCAAGGCAAGCGAGAGAUCUUCUCAACCAUCAACGACAUGUGGCAACUUGACUUGAUCUCUUACAAGUGGACGGCCGUUCAAAGUGCAACGGCGCCUGACAAGCGAGCCUUUGCCAGCAUGGCGUACGCUGGUCACGUAGGAAGCCUUGUGGACGCCGUGGUGAUGGUCGGAGGAGCUCAGGUAGACUGCAGGACAGAAAACCCCCCAUGCGCUGUGCCGCAACCGAUGAAGGACAUCUGGUUCAUCGACGUCGCAAUGCAGGAAACGGACCCGACAGAUACUAUGGCAGUCUUCGACGGCAUAGACGAUAUCAUCGCCGUCCAACUGCCGUCCUGGACGUCGGAUAAGAUUGUUCUCUCGACCUUGUGGCUGGAGGCCUGGACGCUGCUGACAACACGGGUGGUGACGAAAACGAUCCUCUUCGACAUCUACUAUCAGCAAACGCCGGUACUUCGCUGGUACCUGGAGAGUGUAGGGAGCGAGGUGUUCUGCGUGCUAGUUCUCAAGCCUGGCUCGGCUCAGAAGAUGGUGAAGAAAUGGGGCCCGAUCCAGCAGCAGAUCAUCGGCCAGUGGCAUCACGUGUGCUUCACGCUGAGAUUCGGAAGGGUCUACUCCCCCUCCGACUAUUACCCAGACGCUGUGAUCGCGCAAGCGUUCAUGUUCGUAGACGGGGAUACAGUGCAAGAGUUCGGGGCUGACUUUUCCGGGAUCAACAUCAAGAACGACCUCAGGCUGACGACUGGAGUUACCAGCCUCUACGUAGGUGGGAGCAACCCGUCGAUAGAUGCGACUGGGUAUCAGAACUUCAAGGGCAACAUCGACAAGAUCAGACUGUGGUGGCCCUCCUGCCCCCACCGAAGUGACCCAACCCGCUGUAAUCCCUACGGCUUCCUCCACCCAAAGCUCAAAGACGGCAGCGCUUCGCCGACAGCCAAGGACCCCACGACGGACGCGACCCUCCAGGAGAAGGACGUUCGCAUCUGGCACGUGGCUCAGCCGGUCUAUUCUAACAUGUUCUUGGGCUCAGUGCGGGCUGAAGACGCCAGAGACUUGCUGGUCAAUCUCGAGCUCAACGAGAAGGAGAUUUCUAGCGGGUCCAUCGGAAAUUCCGGAACAGGGGGACCUUUGCAGUGCGAGUGCAUGUCAGGCAACGGGACGGUGUGCGAAGACUACGAGAGGCUGUCGGCUCUCAGUGCGACUUGCGAUGGCUGCGAAGAUGCAAGCUCGUGCUCUUUUGACCGAUGCUCUCAGUUUGACAUCGACUGCCUGGCGUCUGUUGACUGGACAGACAUAAACCAACUGACUAAUUAUGCAACAAGUGGGACAUGUCAGUGCCGCAAUGCCGCUGACUGUCCGCUAGCGGUGGAGCAAUGCGCAUGUCCGACGGGGUUGUCAAAGACAUGUAGCAAAUGUUCAGUCAGCAUGCACGUCAUGUACACUGGCGAUGCGUACACUUGUACCCCUGGCUCUGACUGCCUCGGUAAUGCCCGGCCCGUAGCAGGGCCCUGGUGUCCAGAGGGUCUCUGUACCGAGUGGGAAUGCUCCUGCUACAGCACCCAAGAUCAAACCACAAUCUACGGCGGCCUCGUACAAGACGAUAAGUACACUGGGGUGGCGACCUGUCCACAAAGCUGCGCCAACAGCAACGAGGUUGUGGUUACCAACACUGACCACCAAUGUGAGACAAAAGUCGCUUGCUGCACGGCAUGGGAAUGGAACAGCGACAUGGGCGCGUACAAGUGUACAGGAAGCACAACUGACUGCAAUAUCGGGCAGUGCUGCAUGCCCGGAUCGGUCAGAAGUACAGAGGCGUCGGCGGGAGGAGCAUCGAAAGAUGCUCUCCUGAGGAGGCUGAAACCUCGCACACUGCCGUCAGAUCAAGGAGCAGGGGAGGCACACACGGAGAACAGCAACUCUUCGUUGCACAGAACGAGCUCCAACGUCGCUCUUCGUGCCACCACCUCCUCCAUCCCGAGCUCAUUCAUGUACUUGUCCGUCUCUGCGGCAUCCAGGCAGCCUCCCCCUCCCAUGUGCGAUUACUCGAGUACGCCUGCUAUGGACAGCUACUUCCAGGACCCCCUCGUGACCUACAUACAGAGCAGUGAUGAUCCCACUACGAACCCGCCAGACCUGUUCUGGGACAUUUUUGUUCAAGUCACUGACACGGCUGAUUACAACAAUGUCAAGGAACAGGUUGACGCUGCGGUGCAGAGCUUCAACUUUGACUGGGGUCAAUGUUACGAUGUGACGUCCGUCCAAGACUCUCUUCCUCAUAUUUGUGGGGAUGGUCUCAAGGUCACGAGCUCCAACAUACCAGCGACCUAUGGCAUGCGCACGAGCAUCCUUGAGCAGUGCGACACAGGCAGUUCGAAUGGGAUGGGAGGAUGUGAAUUAGAGUGCAAGUGCUCUCCCAACUUCAACCCUUCCACUACAAGCACAGGCUGCGUCUGCUCCAACCAAUUUGUCUACAAUCUGAAAGGCACGGAAGCAAGUAAGGUAGUUGCAACUGCCAACACCAUCCAUCUGCGUAUCAAUGUGGAGCAGUACACUGUCAAUCCACACAUGGAAGCUCUUACGGCAUCAUCCGAUAAUCCUGUCGUCAUCACCAUCUCAGGACUUACUGGAUCGCAGACUGGAAGCGGACGUCUCCCAGUGUCAUGCACUGCUUCUCUUCCGAGCACGUGUUUUUGGGCAGCGACUGCAGACUUUGCAGGAUGUCCUGCCAUGGAUUCUUGCAGUGCAAUUGGAGUGCAGACUGAUCUCUACACCCUUGAACCAGGGGUGGUCGAUUGGGAUCAGACAACAGGAACACUCAAGUUUUCUCUCACUAGCAGCAUAUACUACAUCCCCGAGCUCGAGACUGCCGGCCCUUAUCUUGACUUGUCCAUCUCCCUUGAGAACGGUCAGAUGACUCAGCUGCCUCCGACCGUCACAGCGACUGCCUGCGCCAAGAACGGCGCUCCUCCCACCAUCGCCCUCUCGUCGACCGCAGGCUUCUUCACCUUCAGCCAGCGUCUCCUUGUGGAGGGUCAGGACACCACAGUCUCUUACAAGUCAUCUACUGGAUCCGAAAUUGUCGUGGGUCAAGUCAGUGUGUCAUCCAUCAUGCCCGCGGGUAGCGCCGGAUCAGCCACUGCGGCUGCGGCUGAUGCGACGAGGUUCGGUGGCGUCAGCACGGAUGCGAUGAGCAGAUUGCCGCAGAGCGGGACCUUAGCUGGGAACGAAGGCACUUGCCUCAAGACCAGCAGCGACUCGUCUGUGACCAGCCUAGAGGGAAGCGUGAGCAUCAACAUCGACGACACGCUGCGGAGAAAGGCAGGCGGAUGCUUCGAGACCAGCGACAAGACUCUUGACAUCUGCCUGAGGGGCAAGACGGGCAUGUACCUCUACGACUCCAAGUCUCGCUUUUGGACGCCUGACGCUGAGGUGAGCAUGGCGUCGCUGGAUGCUAGCGCUGUCUCGACGACCAAGCUGAGCCCCAACGCCUUGUACGCUGCCAUCUCCACGCCCCAAUGCUGCGUCCUCGACGGCACCGCCAAGCCUUGUGGAGAGCGCGUAUGUCUAGGCAGCUCGCCGAGCAGCUCAAGCGUGACGGCGACGCUAGGAGGAGGCAUCACCUCCCGCAUGCCCUCCUUGUCUCUCACGACUCGCCCGUUGUACAAGUCCAAGGAGGCGUUGGAUCAGUUCUUCGCCGCCGCCUCCAAUCCCAUGCCGACCCGCAUGGGCUGGAAGCAGUACUGCCCGUCGGGAUCCGCCUCGUGUUCGGGGCCUGUCACAACGUCCGGGUGGCUUCCAGCGAGGUUCGGACAUGCCAUGACGGUCACGAGCGGCAACACGGUGCUUGUGUUCGGAGGGCUAGGAUGCGCAGCGACGACUACGAUCAACGGCAAGACGAUCUGCUCCAACCUGACGGAUCCCUUGAACGACUUGUGGGAGCUCGACCUCGAGAAGGCUCUGCUGGGGUUGAACGCGAUGCGUCUGAUAGAGCUGAGCCCAGCUCUGAGCGGAAUGGUCGGAAUGUCCAUGGUGACGCUGGGGACCGGGAGCUACAAGGUGCUAGUCGUCGGAGGAUCAGAACAGAGCUACAACUCGCUGUACCUGAUGGAUCAGAAGCUUGCUCCUUACACUUCUGGCACGCUCAUGAUCAGUGAGGUUGAGUACAACGCAGGCACAACCAUCCAGAGCUCAAUCUCAACAGCCUACGAGAUGACUGGCCACUCGGUGGUGGUGAACAGCUCAGCCGCCAUCAUCUGCGGGGGCUUCAUCGCCAACUCCCUCUCCAGCGCCAUCUUCGUGUACGACCUCAGUGCUGCUGACCCCUCCCUUGGGCUGUCAACCGUGUCCAACUACGGAGACAGCCCCUCUGCUCGAGGCUUCGAGGGCCUCGCCAAGCCAGACUCGAAGACGCUGCUCAUGUAUGGGGGGAUGCAAAUCAGGAAGCCCAUAGGAGACCUCUGGAAGUUCGACCUCGCCACUCAGAGCUGGCAGCUGGUCCACACAACAAAAGCCAGCAGCAAGUCGCCUGAUCCGUCCGCCUUCUCCGCCUUCACCUCCUUCACGGCGACGGGGGUCCAAGGCAAAAUUAUGGUGUCGCACGGGGGGAUCCUGCAAGGCUACGCGAAAGGCACGACGUUCUUGCCGGGGAGCAGCAGCGACACGGUGAACCAGGUGCGAUCAACAGGUAACAUCUACUUCUCUCAAGACAUCACGUCGACAGACCCAACUUCUUGGAUCGGAGCCCGAGCUGCGAUAGGGCAGAGCUUUCCAGGGCGAUGCAUGCACACCAUUCUGAAUGGAAUCUUCUUGCCCGGCAAGGACUCGAUCCUCUUUCAUGGCGGCGUCGGCAGCACUGGACAAGGAUUGUCUGACAUGUGGCUGAUGGAUAUCACAUCUAUCACCCCCGGUGUGAACAUGAGGAUCAUCUUCGACGGCGUCACAGCGUCAGAGUUUACCUCAACUGUAGUUGAUGACCUGAAGGUGUUGUUCAAGUACCCUGUGCUGAUCUCUACAGACCCGAUCUUAUCAAUGUUUUAUUCCCCUGAUGUCCUCACGGGCAUCUACAGCAGCAUAUCAGUGAUAGACAAUCCAAAUCGGAAUCAGUCCAUCAUAGUCUCCUUCGCUUCAACACCGAACUCAGCAUUUACUCUCAUGUAUUCUCUAUUUUCAUCCGUUGAUCAGUGGAGCAGCACGCUAUCAUCUAUGUUGGAGGCUGUCCAGUACGUGCCGAGUCAAGCAGCACUUGCAUCCAAAGACAUCUUGUCCAAGCUCGUGCUGUCCAACGACAACGGGCAGUUUAGUGAUAUCAACUAUGAAGAUUUCAAAGGAUAUCUGUUAAAUGGUUUCAGGGACUACAUGUUCAGUCUGUACAAGUUUGAUGCAGCGAGCAGCUGUAAGAGCUCGAAGAACGCAGGAUGCAUGCGCGGAGUUUGUCAAGGGACAGUAGAGGACUUCAAUCUCGGGGAGGUCGAGACAUUCGACUACGGCGGCAGUAGGUACUGCUAUGGCGAUCAAACCAGCAGCGAUCGAUGCUCUGCCGACUACGCAUGCUCCCUGCCAAACAUCCGCCAUGGUCAUCGAUCCGUCGCCUUCUCGUUCCGAGGGACCAACCUCAUCUACUUGACCUUCGGAGGAGAGACAACCGACCUAGUCAAGCAGACUAAUGGAGGUCUGACAGCUGGGACUGGCAGCUUGAGCAACGAAGUUCACACUGCAUACUUUACAUCCGACGAGGCUUUCUUCGUCAAGCUCAUGACCAGCUGCGACAUCACCGGUGGUGCCUGUCCAACCAAACGAAGAGACGCGUCGAUCGCCCUCAUGGGCAACACCGGGAGCGUCAACGGCCGUCUGCUUGUGUUCGGUGGGAUCACGUGCGCAGGAACAACCGGCUGCAGCCGCUCGGUCAUCUUUGACUACCUCGAUGGCGCUGGCAGUACCUCGGCGACUGCGCUGAACGACCUCUGGUACCUCGAUCUCACCGACCUCGAUCUUAACUGCCUGUCAACUGGGAGCUGCCUUACUACCUUGCCGUGGGCUGAGGUGGAUGUGCCAGGCUCGCGUCCAUCAGGUCGCUUCGGUGCUGGCAUCGAGCUGGACCUGACGAACUACUACUUGUAUAUUAUCGGAGGCACCGGUUACACCAGUGGAGUUGGAUUCGUAGACUACGGCGAUCUCUACGUGUUCCAGCUAACCGACGCUUUCUACAAGCGAUGCAGCGCGACAGGUCAAGCGCUUACAUCCGCCAUGGCAGGAGUGAAUGCCAUCUUCUACCUGCAGUGUCAGGACAACUUCGGACAACCAGCGGACGGAGCAAAGUUCGCCGUCGAGAUCUCAGGCACUAACCUUCCGAGCAUUUCUCCUUCGGUUGUCAGCCUGGGCAACGGGCAGUAUCGCUGCGCUUACACGCCCGUGGUGAUCGGAACCUACAAGCUGAGCAUCUUCGUGGGGAGAGGAGGCUCAACCUACCAGGACCUCAUCUCCGGAUACGAUAAGGAGCCGACGAACUCGAUCAAUGAGUUCGAGCUGCUGGGCAACAGAGCUAAUCCCAACCCCUUCACGCUCGCAGUUCUGCCGGGCUCGACCUCACCUGACACGUCGGUUGCUACUGGCGACUUCCUCUCCCUCACCACCUGUGGCGUCGUGUCGACCUUCAUGAUCACAGCACUUGACGCCUUUGGUAACCGCCGACCUGGUAGAGACAGUCUCAACGCCAUCAUGACCUUGUGGGACGUGGCCAAGGCUGCUCCGGUGGACUCUGGAGCUGAUCCGCAAACUGCCGUCAUCUUUGACAACACGGACGGCAGCUACGAGACUUCCUACAAGAUCACCCGGUCGGGCAGCUACUCCCUCGAGAUCAACUUUGCGGGGGUGGUGGGAGCAGGUACCCCUCUCAUCCUAGAGGUGCAGUCAGCUCCAGCUGACCUGUCCAAGACGUACGUGUACGGGCAGCUGAGAAACAUCGUGGCUGGGUCAGCAUCCACCCUCUACGUGCAGACGCGCGACAAAUACGGGAACAACAUCCGGGCGAGUCCAGCUGACUACCCGCAGGGCACGGAGAGCAUCGAGUUCGAGAUCUGCAAGACGUUUGGGAACAACGCACAAGACCCUUGCGGAGGAGGACAGAUCGAGAGCAGCGUCGGCAUCACCAUCGACUACUCCAUCGGUCCGGACGGUCAGGCAACCUCCUCGUCCACGGGCCUGCCCUACUUCGGCCUGUAUCAGAUCACCUACUUCCCCUUCAAUGACGGGGUUGUGUCCCCGCAGGUGAAGCACAAUGGAACCUACGUGCAGUGCUUCUUCGAUACCACAGGGCUGGCAGGAGCAGCUCUGUCCCCAGACAUCAACGUGGUGGACGCAUGCAUCGUCAAGGUAUCUGGCAGCUCAAGCUCGUCGGCUCGUGGGGCAGGACGGGAGGUGCUGUUGAGCAGGAGGGUGUCAAGCUUGACCAAGGACGACCUGUCGGUGUCGAUCAAAGCAAGCUUCACUCCUCCAGACACAACCAACCUCCAGCACUGGCUCAAGUUGGGGCCAAUCCUUUGUGCUAUUGUCGGAGUUGGGCUGCAGGUGAUCUUCUUCAUGAUGAGCGUUUUCGGCCGGCGCAAGACCGGGGGAGGGAGCAAAGAGGAGCCGAAGAUGCAGGAGGAUGAAAUCGUGGAGAUGCCAGACCAGCAUGCGAGACCUCCGGAGCCAGACACCCCAGAGAUCGCUGCUCUCAGACAGAUGCAGAGCAAGGGGUUGAUCAGUGAGGAGCAAAUGAAGAGGGCGGUUGACAUGAUCCGAGACAAAAACGAGAUGCUCCUCGGGGCUGUGGAUUCGAUCAUGAAGCAGGAGAAGAACGUCUCGCGUUUGCUACAGCAAAUGCUCAACGCACACUGA